AUGCCACUCUACACCCACCGUCGUUUGGCCAUUGCGCUCCCGGUGAUAGUCACAUCGCUCUGGAAUCCAUAUAAAAAGCACCAUGCCACUCUCACGGACGAAAUUGCACCUCUAGCCAAACCAGAGGACCUAAAGCUAAUCAAAGACAAAUACUUCCAUCUCCGAGAUGACUACAAGCCGCCCAAAUACCCGAUCGUAUUGUGUCAUGGGCUUUCUGGGUUCGAUACCCUCAUUCUCUUGCAAUUGCCUCAAUUCAAGGCCAGCGUCAAAAAAGGAUCGGAGAAUCCAGAAGAGAACCUCAAGAAAAUGCCGAGCGAGGUCACUGAACAGGUCAAGUCCUCAUCUGUCAUGGUGAAUUACUGGUACGGGAUCGAAGACGCUCUAGCUAAAGUGGGCGCCGAUGUAAUUACUGCCAAGGUACCUCCCUUUGACUCCAUUUCGGAUCGGGCCAAGCUGUUGGAUAUGCUUCUAUCGGAGAAAUGUCGGGAUUUCCCGGGGAAGAAACCAGGAGAGAGAAUAAAAGUUAACUUGGUGGGACAUUCCAUGGGUGGUCUUGAUGCAAGGUAUCUCAUAUCAAAGAUCCAAAACCGGGACUCGCCUUAUGAAGUAGUUAGUCUAACCACAAUUGGUACUCCGCACCAGGGGUCUGAGGUUGCAGAUUUUGUCAUGAGUGUUGUGGAGAAGGACGACCUCCUCUCUGCGGCUACACCGGUUGCUAUCUCGCAGCUAACCACAGGCUACCUAAAGGGCUUCAACAGAGAGGUUCGUAACGAUCCGAAGGUGGGAUACUUCUCUUUUGGGGCACUGAUGGAUCCAAGUGGAUUCAAGUUGUUCCGCGCCACGUACGAAAUCAUCAAGCUGGCAAUUGAGCAGUCGGGCGGUACGUUUGUGGAGAACGACGGAAUGGUGAGCGUCUCGCUGGCGAGAUGGGGCGAUUACAAGGGUACUUUAGAUAAUGUUGACCAUUUGGAUUUGAUCAAUUGGACCAACACAUUGAAGAUUCCGUUUGUGGAGCAAGAGUCGUUUAACCCUAUAGCCUUGUACUUGGACAUAGCCGACAAUUUGAGCCAGAACGGAUUUUAG